UCAAGUUUGUGCUGAUCCACAGAAUGUCUGCAAACUUCAGCAUUUGAGGUCUCUAGGACUGCUGUCUGACACAGAGUGCAGGAGUAAAGGAGACCCUGACACCAGUGGAAACCAUGCGGGGGGAGUAUCUAAUGUCACAUGGCCAUUGGCUAUCUUUCUCCUGACACGGUCUCUCUGAGUCAGUCAAGCAAGUCAGCUAGUACCUUCUGGAGUCAGGGCAGAGGCGAAAGGCCCCCAGAGCCAGCACAUCAUCGUAGCUGUGAUCCUGACCAAGCUCUUUUCUGGCUGUGAAAUCCCAGGCCACAUUGCACAGAAUUCGAACUGUGCUCUUUGCCUACAGUCCUCAAAAAUGAGCGAGUAGAGAGCGACGUGCACGAAUCUGAUAUCACCCUAUUCGAGGAGACAGAUGGACGAAAGAUGUGCAGUGGAUGAAAGGAGAGAAUUUCCACGGCGUAAGGUUGCAUUAACCCUGGGAGUUACAUGUUUUUUCCUCCUGCUGGCAAGCACAGGCUUGAGAUAUCUGCUCUUUCAUAGGUAUUCUGGUGCCACCAGGCAAGAUAUGAAAAAAACAGAAGAAAAAAAUGCUUCCUUAGCAGAAGUUGGAGAUCACUCAAUUCACUGUAAUCAAUUCAGUACAGACAAUGACACAUUUCAAGGAAAAUGGUACUGUUGUCGAAAAAGCUGUUACCACUUUUCAAAAGAAGAGGAAACUUGGGAGAGGAGCAAGGUGGCAUGCCAAGAUCUGCAGUCUAGUCUCGUGAAGAUUGAUACUAAAGAGGAGCAAAUCUUCAUUCAAUCAAAAAUAACAUACAGUUAUUGGAUUGGAUUAAAGGUAGGACCCAAGAAUCCCCGAAAGUGGCUGGAUGGCUCAAUCGUAUCUCAGAAUCUGAAUUUAGAACACCGUGGACCGACUGUAAAAUGUGCAUGCCUCAAGCCAUCAAUUAUUUUUACUACUAAUUGUAGCAGACUCUUUCAUUACAUUUGUGAAAAGGAGUUCUCUGGCUCUGAUAAUUAAAAGAAGUACUGUGAUCAAAGUUUUUAACAUUUCCAUUCUUUAACAGGUAUUCAGAAAAAACAAAGGGUUUUCACUCCGAUUAGUCAAUUAUGUAUGAUUAUGUAGGAUUGUGAUGUUUCAAACAUCCCUCAGUAAGGAUACAAGAAUAGCAAAAUUAUACAUUUAAAAAUACAGUUUUUUGAAAUUUCAAGAACCAAGCCACCAGAGAAUAUGAAACAAAUUCAUUUUGAUUGAGUAUAAGAUUUUACAUUUAAAAAGUAAAUAAAAGAUCUUGAUUCAAAUAGGUGAUUAAUGCGUUCACAUUGUUGAAAACAUAAGAGGUACGAACUGAUAAACAAAUUCUCUCACCCCAUCUUGGCCCCUAUGCACCUAGUUGCCAUCUGAGAGGCAAACAUGUAACUAGUUUUGAUAGUAUUCUGGAGAUACUCUAGAAAAGUACCACCAAAGGCAUGCUGUCGGGGAAACAAAAUGUUACACAGCUACACACCGUUGUAUUGCUUCUUUAUGUUUUUGCUUAAAAAUAUGUCACAUGGUUUAUUUUGUAUCAGUACAUAAGAAGGUGCCUCGCUUUUUGUAAGCUGCAGCAAAUGAUACGCCAAAUGGAUGUGCCAACACUUUAUUUACCAGUGUUGUUUCCAAUGGAUAUUGAGGUUUGUCCUAAAAGUUUACAGUUGUUACACAAUGGUGGAAUGAAUAGCACUUAAUACAGUCUCAUUUACUAUCAUGGAUAGAUAUAGGGUAAAUGUAGGGUAAAUGUCUAGCAGUGUACUUUCAGCAUCGAAGUGUGGAUACAUUACAUUUUAAUAGACCAUUUCAUAUUUCAA